CGCAUGAAACAGCAGCCGUGUGCAUGUAUCAGGAAGUAGGAUGCAGAAGUAGCUGAGUCGACUGAGGCAGUAACGCAAUCUACCACCUCUGCGAAACCUUCCGAGCUGGUCUCGCGUCGGUACCUUGGACAAGAACCGAUCCCUGCGACUGUUCCAUAGAGACUGCACAUCCAAUGCUCCUCUCCGGGACAGUCCCGUUACCGGUAAAGCAUCAGCAUUCCCCCCGGCCGCGAGCAUGGACUCUGAUCUGAGCAGAAUCGCGUCGCUGGAGAAAGAUGUCAGCUUUUUACAACAGCAGCACAGAGAGACGUUGGGAAAACUCCACCAGGAGAUUGAUUCAUUAAAACGGGAGAAUAAAGAAUUACAGUAUAAACUGAUCAUGGAAAGUCAUCACCUAUCCAAGCAAGAGAGUCUUCAGUGUGCCUCCUCCGCUCUCCAAGCCAGCAGUGGGAGUGAACACGACCCCUCUCAGCAUCCUGAUGUGCCCUCCGUGUUCUACCGACCCCAGGGGUGGGAGGGCGCUUCGGCCUCGGCGGCUGCCCCUGCCCCUGGCGCUGUGAUUGGGCCCGUGGUGUCCCUGCGCCCCCUGCGUGUCCAGAGUGGGCCGGCGGAGCCGCCGCGUGCCCCCAGCCUGCCCGAGUGUGAGCACGUCAUCCAGCAGCUCUGCCACGCCAACCAGCUGCAGGCACAGGAGCUGCUGCAGCUAAGGGCCAUCCUGAAGGACAUUGUCCUGGACAAGAAGAGGGUGUCUGCUGAGGACAUGUCCCAAACAAAGGCAUACCUGUCAGACUGCCCAAGGGAAGGAUCCGAGAGGUUUCCGAAGAUCGCUCAGAAGUCAGCAGCUAAAAGGCCGUCUCAGGUCCAAGCGAGUGUAGGAGAGAGGCUGGUCCUUCCCUCCAUCAGACCGAGCUACACCAACCUGACUGAGAGGCAGAGGAGAGCACAGGACACACACAAGACCCGCGUCCGCAAGGCUGUCAACUCAUGAUCUCACACACACACACACACACACACACACACACACACACACACACACACACACACACACACACAUACACCAACCUGACUGAGAGGCAGAGGAGAGCACAGGACACACACAAGACCCGCGUCCGCAAGGCCGUCAACUCUCACACACACACACACACACACACACACACACACACACACACACACACACACACACACAUACACAUGCACACACACACACACACACACACACACACUCACAUACAUAUUUACACACACACGCAAAUGCACAUGCACACAUGCGCAUACACUAGCACACCAAGCCUAAACACACAUACUGUACGCAUGCACACACUCCUCACUCAAUGUCACCAGUCUACCAGCAGAGGGCAUAAUCCAUCUAGGAGUCCAGCCUGGUAAUCCUGCCUGCCUGCUGGGAUCAGCUCAGACCUGACCACACCUGUGGAGCAGAAUAAACACACACAGACUGCA